CCACUCAGCCAGAGCAAUAUAAACAUUUCUGUACAGUGACUCCCCAGAUAUCCCUCCUUGUUAGGGCUUCUGUCGGGAUACUAUAAAAUAAUAAUUUUUAAAAAGAGAAAGAGAAACAUAGAAAUGGCUUCAACUUUUCCUGAGAUAGUGGAGCUGAACGUGGGUGGGCAGGUGUAUGUGACCCGACUUGAAACUCUCACUGCGGUCCCCAACUCUCUCCUGUGGACCAAGUUCAGUCAGGGCUCCCCGGGCGACCUGCCAAAAGACAGCAAGGGCCGCUUCUUUUUCGACCGGGACGGCUUUCUGUUCCGAUACAUUUUGGAUUAUUUACGGGACUCUGAGCUUUUUUUGCCCGAGUUCUUCAAAGAGAGGAGGAGGCUGCAGAAAGAAGCGGACUUCUUCCAGCUGCCGGAGCUAUCGAGGCGCCUGGCAGCGGUCAGUAAAGACAGCUCGUACGCGGAGGACAGCGGGGAGCCGGAGGAAGCUGAGCUCACCAGCCCGGUCACCUCUUCCUCCGACAGGACCCUGCGCUCUCCCGGGGCCGACUCCGGCUACAUCACCGUCGGGUACAGAGGCAGCUACACUAUCGGGAGAGACAUUCAGGCAGACGCGAAAUUCCGCAGGGUUGCCAGAAUAACCGUCUGUAGCAAGAUCUCUCUGGCUAAAGAGGUUUUUGGAGAAACCCUGAAUGAGAGCCGAGACCCGGACCGACCCCCGGACAAAUACACCUCCAGGUAUUACCUCAAGUAUAACUUUCUGGAGCAGGCGUUUGACCGGCUUGCCGACGCUGGUUUUCACAUGGUGGCCUGCAACUCCACUGGGACCUGCUCAUACGGCAGUAAUGAUCCGGGGGAGGACAAACUGUGGACCAGCUACACCGAGUAUGUUUUCUGCCGAUGAAGGGACUGAAACCUGCUCUGUGCGUGCAGGAGUAUCUUCAUGAUCACAGCGCAUUAAAAAAAAAACACUGGGAUCAAUCAUCAGCCACAGUAGUUUUUACAUUAAAUAACGUAACUGGCAGUUUCAGCCUUUUCUAGUUUCAGUUUCUUAUGUUUUUUUUUGUCCCUCCGUGCUCUGCGCAUGGGGAUCAGACUGCAGCGAGAGUUAACUUUUCUGCCAUUUUCUCCUCUGUUCUGCAAGAGGAGAACUCAAACGUAUCUCAUUGGUUAGUGAGGAGCAAUAACAAAAUUACUGAUAUGUCAGUGUCUCCAUAGCUGGGGUAUUUUUAUGGCCCACUUGGCCCCACAACCGUUCUGGCUUUCACAAAGACUGCUCUGUUCUUAAGUAAAUGACAUAAAUGGUCACUUAUGGUGGCAGAAAUGUUAGGAGCUGGUUUCUGGUGACCCUCACUGAGCUGUGCUUGCAUUGUCAUGUAACUGUACAGAGGCUAGUGAUGCUCUGAACACAUUCACUAGGACACAUGUACUGUAAAUAGCCUUAAAUAGCCUCUUCUCUUAUCUUUAAAGUCUUUAAUUUUGUGAUAAAAUGAUUAUUUUAAUUUUUUGUUUAAUUUGAAUACAUUGACCACACAUACUGAAUCACUGCUUUUACACCCUAGUACUCUGUCACAAUGCUGCAUUGUUAUGUGCCAUCUAUGACCUGUUGUCAUUGCUUUUUCUUAAGAUAUAAAACUACAGCAAAUAAAGUGUGACACUGUAACACUA